AUGGCAGCUAAAACUGUUCAAUACGAUAAUAUUUAUUUAAAUCUAAGUUCACAGCCAGGAAAACUUCGAAUCGCUCCAAGCGGAUUAGGCUGGAAGUCAAGUGCUCUUAAUGAACCAUUCACUUUACCUUUAAGUGAAAUUCGGAGAUUUUGCUGGAGUCAUUUUGCUAGAGGCUAUGAAUUGAAAAUUAUUUUAAAGAAUCGAUCACCUGUCAGUUUGGAUGGGUUUGCUCAAGAGGACUUUGAUGGCUUGGCUAAUUUUAUAAAACAAAAUUAUGACAUGGGGAUUGAACAGAAAGAAUUUUCUAUUAAAGGAUGGAAUUGGGGAGAUUCCGAAUUUCUUGGAUCAGAGCUCGUCUUCAAUGUGAACUCUCGUCCGGCGUUUGAAAUUCCCAUAAGCUCGGUCAACAAUAGUAACCUUUCAGGAAAAAAUGAGGUAGCAUUAGAAUUUUCGAAUGUAAAGGAUUCCCCUGUACCUUCUGCUCAAGCGGACGAACUGGUGGAAAUGCGUCUCUACAUUCCCGGAACUACAUCCAAGGAAGAUGCUGCCGAAGGCGAAGAUACUGAGCAGAAUGCUGCCAAUCUCUUUUACGAAUCGAUUAAGGAGCGUGCAGACAUUGGACAAGCCGCGGGUGAUGCCAUUGUUUCUUUAUCUGAGAUUCUUUUAUUGACUCCUCGUGGUCGCUAUGAUAUUGAUAUGUACGAAACCUCCAUGCGUCUUCGUGGUAAGACUUAUGAUUAUAAAGUGGAAUACAGUUCUAUUAAUCGUCUCUUCUUACUUCCAAAACCCGACGAACAACAUGUUGCUUUUGUAAUUGGCUUAGAUCCUCCAUUACGCCAAGGUCAAACCCGCUAUCCAUUCCUUGUAACCCAGUUCAUUCGAGAUGAAGACAUGGAAGUUGAUCUCAACAUGGAAGAGGGUUUACUACGCGAAAAAUAUGCAGAUAAGUUGAAAACAAGCUAUGAUCAGGCAGCAUAUGAGGUCGUAAGUCAAAUUUUCCAAGGCUUGACGAAUAGAAAGGUAAUCACGCCCUCAAAUUAUAUGAGCCACCAUGGCCAUGCUGCUGUGAAGUGUUCUUUUAAAGCCAACGAGGGUCAAUUAUACAUUCUUGAUAAGUAUUUACUCUUUAUUCCCAAGCCUACUAUCCUUAUUACCGUUGCUGAUUUGGCGCGUGUCACUUUGUCUCGUGUAGGCAUGUCGGUUUCAGCUUCCCGUACUUUUGAUUUAACAUUUUCUUUGCGUUCCGGAACUUCCUAUCAAUUUUCCAAUAUUAACAGAGAAGAACAAAAUGCCAUCGUACGCUACUUAGAGUCUAAACAUGUUAAAAUUCACAAUGACUUGGCUGACGAGGCUCAACAAUCUCUUCUUAAUGCUGCACUUGCAGACGAUGAUGAGGAAGAAGGUGAUGGAGCAAUGGGUGAAAUUAUGUCUGAAGAUGAAGAUUUCCGUGCUGGAAGUGAAAGUGAUGUCGCUGAAGAAUACGAUGAAGAAGUUGGCUCAUCCUCGGGCAAUGAUGAUGAUGAAGUUGGUUCUGGCGAGGAAUAA